ACUCGAGUUCGAUUGCAAAAUUGCCUUUAACAACGUUGAUACAGCCGGCGUAUGUUAUGUGACAGAUGUACCUGACUUGAACGUUAUUGGCAACGAUUGGCUAGAUUUGUUUGGAUUAUUCGACGUUCCGUUGAAUGCUGUUUGCAGUCAAAUAACCAAGACAUCAAAUCCUGUCAAUACACACGACUUUAUGGUGAACUUCAAGCAAAGAUUUUCAUCAGUGUUCAGUUCGACUCUGGGCAAAUGCACUAAAACCCAAGUCACAUUACGUCUCAAACCUGAGGCACAACCAGCUUUCCGUCCGAAACGUCCAGUUGCAUAUGCUGCUGUUCCAAUAGUUGACGCCGAACUGGAUCGUUUGCAAGAAAUGGAUGUUCUUAGUCCCAUUUCGUAUUCCGAAUGGGCUGCUCCAAUUGUUACAACCAAGAAACCUAAUGGAUCCAUACGUUUAUGCGCCGAUUUUGCUACUGGUCUGAACGAUGCAUUGGAAACAUACCAUUAUCCGUUACCAACGCCGGAUUCGAUUUUUGCUACAUUGAAUGGCGGAAACCAGGAGAAGAAUGGCGGAAAGUAUUACUCAAAAAUUGAUUUUGCUGAUGCUUACUUCCAGUUAGUGGUGGACGAGUCAUCCAAGAAAUAUAUCACCAUAAAUACGCAUCGUGGUCUAUUUCAAUUCAAUCGUUUACCGUUUGGAGUUAAAGUCGCUUCUGCGGUUUUUCAACAAAUCAUUGACGCGAUGAUUGCGGGUUUGGACCGAACUUGUGGAUAUCAGGACGAUAUCACCGUAAAUGGACGUACGAUCGAGGAACACAACCGAAAUUUGAUUGCAUUGUUCGAACGAAUCAAAGAGUGGGGUUUCAACAUACGCCAUCACAAGUGUAAGUUCAUGAUGACAGAAAUUGAAUUUCUUGGUUUCAUUAUAGAUGAACACGGUCGUCGACCGAAUACAGCCAAAGUUCAAGCCAUUGUUGAUAUGCCUCAGCCACAUGAUGUUACAACAGUCAAAUCGUUCUUGGGCAUGAUAAAUUAUUACUCCAAGUUCGUCAAAGAGAUGAAAGAUCUACGUUUUCCAUUGGAUCGUUUGCUAUGCAAGGACGUAAAAUUUGAAUGGACUGACGAGUGUCGCGAAGCUUUCAAUAAAGCGAAGGAAAUUUUAUUAUCCGAUUUGCUGUUGGCUCAUUAUGAUCCCAAUGUGCCGAUUAGAGUUGCAGCUGAUGCAUCGAUUCAUGGGCUUGGUGCUGUUAUUUUUCAUCGAUAUGACGACGGUUCAGAGAAAGCUAUCGAACAUGCAUCACGAAGUCUUUCUCCUGCUGAGAAAAACUACGGUCAAAUCGAAAAGGAAGCGUUGUCAUUGGUAUUCGCUGUUCAGAAAUUCCACAAAAUGAUUUGGGGACGAAAAUUUGUCUUGGAAACCGACCACAAACCAUUGCUCGCUGUAUUUGGUGCAAAGAAGGGCAUUCCGGUCCAUUCAUCGAGCCGUCUACAGCGAUGGGCGAUUUCAUUGAUGUCAUACGAUUUCGUUGUUGAACAUAAGAACACCGAAAAUUUCGGACAUGCAGAUGCACUGUCUCGACUUAUUGCUAAUCAUCAAUCGCCAUUGGAACCGAUCAUCAUUUCAUCCAUUCGCAUUCUGGAGGAUUCAAUCAAUCGAAUUUUGGUCGAUGCAAUCCGUGUGCUACCUGUCACUGCUGAAAUGAUUGCACACGCAACGAAAAAUGACGAGUUACUUGCAUCCGUGAGUACAUAUUUGAAGUCGACUUGGCCUUCACAUAUUGACAAUGACGUACUGAAGAUAUUUUACAAUCGACGUGAAUCGUUAUGCGAAUUGGACGAUUGUUUGUUAUUCAAUGAUCGGGUUGUAAUUCCGUUAUCGUUACAGAAUGAAAUUUUACAACAACUUCACGUUGCUCAUCCUGGCAUUGUUCGAAUGAAAGCUUUAGCUCGCAGUUACGUAUACUGGCCAAACAUUGACAAAGACAUCACCGAAUAUGUGCAACGUUGUUCACGUUGUGCAAGUACAGCAAAAACACCGGUUAAGGCAACGUUAUCGUUAUGGCCCAAGUCAUCGCAUGUCUGGUCUCGUGUGCAUAUUGAGUUUGCUGGAGAGUUUCAAGGACACUACUAUUUUGUCAUCGUAGAUUCCUAUUCCAAGUGGCCAGAAAUUUUCAUUAUGAACAGCAUUACAUCUGCUGCAGCGAUUUCUAAAUUACAAGAACUUAACGCACGUUUUGGCAAUAUGUCGAUUCUUGUUUCCGAUAAUGGUCCUGCGUUCAUCUCUGUUGAAUUCGACGAAUUUUGUAAGGCAAACGGAAUAUAUCACAUAACGACACCCGUGUACCACCCACAGUCAAAUGGUCAGGCCGAACGAUUUGUCGAUACAUUCAAGCGGGCACUCAAAAAAGCAAAAGGGGAGGAAUGUGUACCUGACGUUCUACAGACAUUUCUUCAGCGUUAUCGGAUGACGCCAAACGCUCAAUUACCGAACAAUUGCAGUCCAGCCGAAGUUAUGUUUGGACGAAAAAUGAAUUCAGUUCUAGAUUUGGUGAAACCGAGAUUGAAAUUUGAUGUUAUUCGUGAUGUCAAAAUGGAAGACCAAUUCAACACUAAACAUGGAGCAAAGCAUCGAAUUUUCUAUCCGAAUCAGAAAAUUUAUGUACGAGAUUUCCGUGAGAGGAAAAUUGUAUGGUCACCAGCCGUGAUCAUCGAACGAGUCGGCAAUGUGGUAUACAACGUUGAAUGCGAUGGAAUCAUAUGGCGUCGUCAUGCAAAUCAAAUUCGUGUCCGAUACGAAUAUGAGGAUGAGCAGUCUGAUCCAGUGUUAAGUUUGUUGUACGAUGUAUUUGAAACGACACCAUUACCAGUCAUCAUUCAGCAACCUGAAGUAUCACAAAGUACACCACAGCCGAACGAAACAUUUUCAACCAUUCCAACAAUUCCAGCCCGACCACAACGUGACCGCCGUCAAGUUGUUCGUACCGAUUUUUCACGUUGCGUCAAGGGGAGAUAUUUGGAUCUUUAAUGGGGGGAGAUGUUGGAUACACGCAUACAUGCAA